GCCCCGGGGCAGUUCCGGGCACUGGGGAGCCGCAGUUCUCCUGGGAGAGGACGGGAGGAGCUUAGGCGGGCCGAGCUGCCCCCUCCCCCGGGAAGCCCGCUUUCCUUGGGACUGGUCUGGCCAGCCAGGCUGGGCCACCCUUAGCAGAAGAGAGCCAAACUUGGGGGGGCGUUGGAAGGAGGGUGCAGAGGGUACAGGUGACCGCAGGGCGUAAGGAAGUGAGUUUUGCUCUCAGGCCGGCCUUGGAGUCUGGGUUGAGGCUUUGGGUGGUGAGAACUUCAGGGUGCCCAGACUUGGGGUGCCAGAGUGCUGUUCCCAGUAGCCCAAAGUUACCUCCUGAGGUGAUCUUUCUGCUGCUGAGUUAGCAGCACUGGGCCCAGUCCGCCUGGCAGGUGGCCUGAGGUGUGUGUGUAGGGGUGCCGGAGAGCUCGCCCUCUGGCCUCAGGUGUGUGUGUAGGGGUGCGGGAGAGCUCGCCCUCCUGGCCUGAGGUGUGUGUGUAGGGGUGCGGGAGAGCUCGCCCUCCUGGCCUGAGGUGUGUGUGUAGGGGUGCGGGAGAGCUCGCCCUCUGGCCUCAGAGAUGCCCCAGCACAUGCUCGCACCCAGGCUGAGCCCAAGGCUGGAGCGCUGUGCCCAGGAAGGGUCAGGGCCACUUGGCUUGGGCUCUUUUUCGGAGUGACUUUCUUGGGCUGGGGCUCUGGUAGAGGUGUGUCUGGAUGGGAGCCAAGGCCCACCCAGGUGAGGGUGCAGAGCCUCCAGGCCAUGCCUGCCUGGGAGUCUGGCCACUGGGGUUGGCGGCCACAAUGCUGGAGCAAGGGCUGGCUCUGGCCUGCUCCCGCACCUGGCCCAGCGUGAAGGGAUGGCGCUGUCCAGACCUCCUCCCCUUUGCUGUGUGCAGCCUGAGUGGUGUGGCCCUUGUGACCUCCGGUUUCCUCGUGAGGCAGCCUGAGCCCCUGGGGGAGCAGAGGGUGAAGGGUGGUAGGGCCCUGCGCUCCAGCCUUCCAGACUCAGCCGGAGCUGAGGUGCAGGCAGAGGCGGCUUCUUGAUCCAGCCCCAGCUCCAGCCCCUUCUUCCAGCUCCCUGAGGCCCCACAGGCUGGGGGUGCGCACGGCCGCUGCAGAGCAGGUUGGCCGCCCUCCCCUGGUGCAGGCCGGGCACCUUUGAUUAUGAAGCAACUGACUUGCUAGUGCUGAGCCCAGGCCUUUGGUGGGGAAACUGUCGAGGCACUUUUCUGUGCUCUCUCCAGGAAGUCACCGUUGUCAUCGCUUGGCAGUCAGGAGUGGAGGAGGACAGUGUGGGGAGAGCUGGCGUCAGGGCAGCAUCCGCACCCCACCUGGCCAAAGGCUGUGGGCGCCCCUCCAGGCUCUGCUGCACAAGCCUGGCUCUUGGGCAGCAUAGGGCCAGCUUGUAGAAAAGACGACCCCAGGACCUCUGUCCCACGCCCUGGUCCAUCCCGCCUGAGAUCUGGAGGGCCCCAGCGGGGUCUGGCCACAGCUUCGUCUGGGCUUCCUUUCAUGCUUUUUGUGCCACUUGGAGCAAGGCUGAGAGUGCCUGCUUGCUGUGCCCCCAGGUUAUGACGACCCCCAACAAAGGAAGCAAGGCCUUGAAGGUGAAGCGGGAGCCAGGUGAGAAUGGCACCAGCCUGACGGACGAGGAGCUGGUGACCAUGUCCGUGCGGGAGCUUAACCAGCACCUGCGCGGCCUGUCCAAGGAGGAGAUCGUCCAGCUGAAGCAGCGCCGGCGCACGCUCAAGAACCGGGGCUACGCGGCCAGCUGCCGCGUGAAGCGCGUGACGCAGAAGGAGGAGCUGGAGAAGCAGAAGGCUGAGCUGCAGCAGGAGGUGGAGAAGCUGGCCUCCGAGAACGCCAGCAUGAAGCUGGAGCUCGAUGCCCUGCGCUCCAAGUACGAGGCCCUGCAGAACUUCGCCAGGACCGUGGCCCGCAGCCCCGUGGCCCCGGCUCGGGGCCCCCUGGCCAGUGGUCUGGGGCCCCUCGUCCCUGGCAAGGUGGCUGCCACCAGCGUCAUCACAAUAGUAAAGUCCAAGACGGACGCCCGGUCGUAGGGACAUGUGCGUUUGCCCAGGCUGGUCGAGGGGCCACCAGGCGCAUGGCGGCUUCGGCAGCCCUGUCCGUCCUUCCUUCUCUUUCCCCUUGGUGCUCCCGCGCCUCUCCCUCCUCCCACCCCGCCUUGUCCUUUCCCCCCUCGUCCCUUCCCUGCAAAGCACAACCUGCACCCAGGGGCGCUGGGCUGAGCCCCUGAGAUGUUGUGGUCGUGGUCGUGUUUCGUACGUGGGGGUCAGUCAGGUUGCUGGUGGCGGGGGACGGCCCCGACCCCUGGGUACUGGGGCCGUGCGGGCGUGGAGUCCAGCUGCGGGGAGGGUUCAGCCCAGCCUGGCAGGAAGAUGGCUCUGCUCAGAGAGCGGGCUGUCCCGAAGGGUCCCAGGGGCGGGGCUGCAGCUGGGCCACGUGGGCUCCGACACAUCGCACUGAACGAAUGAGACCUGCCACUGGCCGAGAGCUCACGUGAAGGGUGUCUGUUGUGCCCUGCGCUGGGUCCCGUGUCACUGUUUACAUGACCUCUUCGUGUGGUUAUAUAGCCCUUUAUUUAAAAGAGAGAAGUUCCUUUUACGAAGUUAUUAAAUUAUAUGUUUAAAAGCUAAAGGAAAAGAAGAAAAGCUGCAGAGUAUUUAUAAAACUGUCUUUUAAAAAAAAGCAAGCAAAAAGAACAUUUGACCAUAUACACGAAAAGGGAAGAAAGUAUAAUAGAAACUUUGCUGGUUUAAAAAAAAGAAAAAGACAAAAAAAAAAUCCCUUUCUUGUAAACUUUCAACUCUUUGUGGCUGUUGGAGUUUAGUUUUUAUAUACACAGAGUUAUCAGACAUUAUUUAUAAAACUUAGUUUAAAAAAAGACAAAAAAAAAAAAAA